CUUUUUCUCCUCCUUCUUCUCUUUUGCUUAUCCUAUCCUUUUUUUCCUUUAUUCCCAUCUUGAUCUAAAUUGAUUUACACCUCUUUUUAUUUUAUUGCAUCCUAUGACGAAUAUCUCCAUCGUACUGUUGCCCUGAUCGCCUUGUUUAACGACACUCAUCACAUUCACACAACAAGUAAUUUUCCUUCAUAUUACAUACUUCUACCUACACUCCCAUUUACAGAAAGAAUAUCCCACACAUGGCUGUCUCUCCAAAAAAAUCCACAGUUGUCCUCUUGCCCGGCGAUGGCGUAGGUCCUGAAGUCAUCGCCGAGGCCAAGCGUGUCCUCGAGUUGGUAGCCAAGAUCAGAUCACAUAAAGUUGACAUUACUUUUAAGGAAGAAUUGAUCGGAGGUGCAUCCAUUGAUGCCACUGGCACCGCGCUUACAGAAGAAGCCCUCGCAUCAUGCAAGUCUGCCGAUGCUAUUCUUCUUGGAGCAGUAGGAGGCCCCAAGUGGGCAACAGGAAACCCCAGACCCGAACAAGGAUUGCUUGCCCUCAGGAAGAGCCUUGAUUUGUACGCCAAUCUCCGCCCCUGCACAUUCGCCUCUGAUGCUUUGAUCUCUCACUCUCCUCUCAAAGAGUCCAUCGUCAAAGGCGUCGACUUUAUGAUGAUCCGUGAACUUGUCGGCGGUAUCUACUUUGGUGAUCGCAAGGAAGCAACAGAGGAAGAUGGCCAGGCUUAUGAUACUCUUCCCUACUCGCGAGCUGAGGUCGAGCGUGUCACCCGCUUGGCUGCUGCUUUGGCUCUCCAGCACGAUCCUGUUUGGCCCAUUCACUCGAUCGAUAAGGCUAACGUCUUGGCUUCCUCUCGUCUCUGGCGCAAGACUGUCACCGAAGUUAUUGAAAAAGAGUUCCCGCAGCUCAAGGUUGAUCACCAUUUGGUCGAUUCUGCCGCCAUGUUCCUUGUCAAGAACCCUCGCAGCUUGAAUGGUGUUAUUUUGACCGAAAAUAUGUUUGGCGAUAUUCUUUCUGAUGAGGCCUCCGUCAUCCCUGGCUCCCUUGGCCUCUUGCCUUCAGCUUCUUUGAAUGGGCUUCCUGAGAAGGGCAAGCCUUGCUUGGGUGUCUAUGAGCCCAUCCAUGGUUCGGCUCCCGAUAUCGCUGGAAAGGGUGUUGCAAAUCCCGUCGGAACCAUUUUGUCUGCCGCGAUGUUGUUGCGCUAUUCCUUGGAUCUGGAAGCCGAGGCUGUUGCCAUUGAGGACUCUGUGCGCAAGGUCUUGGAUGAUGCUGAUCGUGCUGGAUACGCUUACCGCACUCGCGAUUUGGGUGGCGACAAGACCACAAAGGAAAUAGGUGACAAGAUUUUGGAGGUUCUCGAAAAAGAACUCUUUGGUCUAAAUGCUGCUGAAGGCGCACCCAUUGUACGUCCUCUGACAUUGACACGUCCUCAAGGUCGUCGGGGCAUGACCAUCUCGGAAAAAAUCAUUGCUCACAACGCCAUUGGACUUUCUGCUCCUGGAAAUGUCAAGCCGGGCGAUAUGGUAUGUGUAUCUGUAGACUGGACUUUGGCCUCAGAAUUGACUUGGAAGGGCAUGGACAAGACCUACGACCAAAUGGGUCGUCCCAGUGUCUACCGUAACGAUCGCUUCUGGCUGGCGAUUGACCACACUGUCGAUCCUAGUAUCAAUCACCUCCCAAAGCCUCAGGAGCUGAUCAAGGCCUCAACCGAUUUCGCAAAAGAGGCAAAAUUAAUUGAUUUCUAUGGCGCCAACUAUUCUAUCCUCCACACUGAGUUCUACCGCGAGCGCGCUCAACCUGGACAACUAAUUAUUGGUGCAGACUCUCACUCUUGUUCAGCCGGAGCGGUUGGUGCCUUCGCUGUUGGACUUGGUGCUGCAGAUGUGGUCAUGCCCUUGGUCACUGGGGAGACAUGGUUCAAAGUUCCAGAGACUGUCGAGAUUCGCUUCAUCAACCAACCCCCUUUUGGCAUUGGUGGAAAGGAUGCUAUUCUCUAUGUGCUUCAACAGCUCAAGCGAAACACUGUUGCUUUCGAACGCUCUGUCGAGUACACUGGUCCUGGACUGAAGCAUUUGUCUUGUGAUGCUCGAUUUGCAUUGGCCAAUAUGGCGACUGAAUUUGGUGGUAUUGCUGGCGUUUGCGAGGCAGAUGAGAUCACUGCUGCUUAUAUUGCUAAACGUAAGAACCCACAACACAAGAACGCCGCACUCUAUUUCAAGGCUGAUGAGGAUGCACAUUAUGCAGAGACUCACAUCAUUGACUUGUCCAAGGUUGACUCAUUGGUUGCACUCUACCCUGACCCUGACAACUGCGUCUCUGUCGAUGCGUGCGCUGGAACUAAAUUGGACGGAUGCUUCAUUGGAGCUUGCACCACCGCUGAGGAAGAUUUGAUUUUGGCUGCAUUGGUCUUGGAGGCUGGUCUCAAGAAGGGGCUUGUUCCUGCUUUGGGCGGUAAGCGUAAGGUUACACCCGGCUCUGUACCCAUCGUUGCCAAACUUCGUCGCUUGGGCCUGCUUAAGAUUUACGAACAGGCCGGUUUCGAGAUUGGUGCUCCUGGGUGCUCGUACUGCAUUGCUGUCGCUGCAGAUCAAGCUGGAGAGGGCGAGAUCUGGUUGUCUUCUCAGAACCGCAAUUUCCGCAACCGUAUGGGCAAAGGCGCCAUCGGUAACCUUGCUUCUGCUGCCACAGUCGCUGCUUCAUCAUUUGAUAUGAAGAUCCGCAACCCUCGUGAUCUUUUGGAUGCCAUUGAUCGUGCUCGCUAUGAGGAAAUGUUGGAGAUGUGGAUUGAGAAGGGCAAGCCUGUUGUUUACUCUGAACCUGCUCCAGUUUACUACGAUGAAAAGACAUCUGAUACCUCCCUUCCUCCUCCCCCACCAUCAUUCUCGGCUACCAUUAAGGGCCGUGUUCAACGCUUCGAGGACAAUAUCGACACGGAUGCAAUCAUUCCUGCACAGUUCAUGCCAGGCACUUCGGAUGUAGACCUGGGCACUCACGCCUUCCAGUUUGUCAAGCCUGAGUUCCGUGAAUUGGUCAAGCAAGGGUAUGAUAUCGUGGUUGGUGGUGCUGGUUUUGGUUCAGGUUCGUCUCGUGAAGAAGCACCCCGUGCACUUCUUGGUGCGGGUGUCAAGGCUGUCAUCGCCAAGUCGUACGCCUUUAUUUAUGCUCGAAACCAGCCCAAUAUGUCGCUUCUUGGAAUCACGAUUGAUGACGAGUCUUUCUAUGAGCAUGCACAGGAGGGAGCUGAAGUUGCAAUUGAUGUCAAGGAGCGCAAGGUCCAUUGUGGCGGUCAGGAGUAUCCUUUUGGCUUGUCAUUGAUGGAGGAGCGUCUCUUGGCAGGAGGUGGUGUUACAGAGAUGUAUAAGAAGUACGGCAAGCAGCUCUUCCGUGUUGCAACUGCACCAGAGUCCAAAUCUGCUUCCAGCUGUGGUAGCGAGGCCAAGACAUCAUCCAAGAGCAAUUGCGGUGAUGACAGCGAACUCGCUUGGUAAAAACAAAGCAAAACAUGUAUAAAAAAAAGUGAAAAGACAGUAGAAAACUUGCAAUCAUCUUUUGUAUAUAAAAAGGC